UUACUACAGGACGCGCAUGCGCAGUGUGUGGCUUAAAAAUCGUGGCUGCAUCACAUGUGGAUGUUUUUAGUUUGAACACACGUGUGUUUUUACCUUACCGGCUACGACUACCAGCCUGUAAUCGUGUAGUGUUGUAACACCAAAUAUGGCAAAGACAGAAGCUACAAGACGUAGUAAAAGACAAAGCAAAGUUGUCACCAGUGAAGUUGUAGAAGAAGAGGACAACGUUAAAACUGAAGGACAGACUGAGACUGUGUCUCCAAGUGAACCAAUAGUGGGAACAUCAGAGGAUGCUCCGAAGGAGGACCAAGAUGAACAAGAUUCUCAGAUGGACCCUGUCAUUGAAGUAAAAGGAAGUACGACAACUGUGACUGUAUCAUGGGAUGACAAGAACAAGGAAGGAGAAGUUGGUGAUGCAGAGAAGAGAACUGAUGCAAGUGAUCAGAUGAUGGACGGUGAAGAACCGACUCAGAUCAUCUCCUCAGCUGAUGCAGUCGGCUCCACAGAGGACGCUCCCAGUGAGAGUGCAGAGACAAAGAAGGAGCUAGAGAUGCAAGAAUCUGGAGAAUCUCCGAUGGAGACUGUCGCUGGAAGUACAGCCACAGUAACUGAAACCCUGGAGAAGAACGAUGAAGAGGGAGAGAGCGAUGAUGUUAAAAAGGAAACCAACGGAGGCGAACAAAAGAUUGUUGAAAAGAAACCAGUGAAAGGGAAACGGAAGGCGCCCUCUACUGUUGCGACCCCCCCGACAAAGAAAACUAAGCUCAUCAACGAUGGAUUUUGUCUUUAUGUUGGCAACCUGAACAACUCCAAGACAUUUGAUGAAGUCAAAGAUUCAUUGGCAAAUUACUUCAUGGCACAAAGUCUCCUGGUUCAAAACAUCAGAUUAGACCGGUCCAAAAAACAUGCAUAUGUAGAUGUGGCCUCAGAGAUGGACCUGACCAAAGGCUUGACGUUAAAUGGAGAAAUGAUGCAUGAUAAGCCACUGAAGAUUGCCAAAGCAAAGGUCAAAAGUGAGGUCAAGGUGAAGGUGAAAGAUCCAGUGGAAGACAAAAAAGCCAAAGAUGAAAGAUGUUUGUUUCUGAAGAACGUCCCGUACGAAGCGACAAAAGAAGACAUUCAGAAAAUCUUCCCCGAGGCCGUCGCCGUCAGGUUUCCUGGUGGAACUGAAAGCCCGAAGAAAGGCAUUGCCUUUGUGGAGUUUAAAAAAAAAGCUUUUGCUAAGAAAGAACUGCAGCGAAAACAAGGAGUCGAGAUCCAAGGCCGGAUUUUGAUUGUCGACUUCGUCGGAGAAACUAACAAAGCUAACGACACAAAAGCUUCUUCAAAAAACACCUUAUUUGUGAGCAAUUUGCCUUUUGCUAUGAAAGAAAAAACCCUCAUGAAACACUUUCAGAAAGCCGUUAGUAUCAGCGUACCUAAACACCAAGGCCAAUCAAGAGGGUUUGCGUUUGUUGAGUUUGCAGCUGCGGCAGAUGCUGAAAAGGCCUUGCAGGCAUCCAAAAACAAGAUCAUCUUCAAAAGGGCGGUCAAAGUACAGUUCUGCAAAAUGGGAGCAAAAUCAGUGGUGACAAAAGUUUCAAAAACAUUGAUCGUGAUGGGCCUCGCCGAGAAGACGACGGCAGAGACUCUUAAAAGUGCGUUUGAAGGGGCUGUCAGAGCGAGAGUCACUGUAGAUAGAGAGACAGGAGAUCCAAAAGGGUUUGGUUUUGUGGACUUUGAGAGUGAAGACAAGUGCAAAGCUGUCAAAGAAGCCAUGGAGGACUGUGAGAUAGACGGCAGCAAAGUGACUGUGGCUUUUGCAAAACCAGAGGGCAUAAAAGAUCCAGAAAGCCCCGCCAAGCCACCUGUAGCACCCGGUGGACCGCCUGCCGCUCAGGGGGCUGGCAAAGGAGGGCGUAAAGGCAAAGGUGGAAAACGCAAAAGAAGAGGUAAAGGACGUGGAGCUGGCACACCACAGGAUGCUGUUAAGGAAGUGGAAAAUAAAGGCUGAUUUGCUGGGAGAAGUUAGAAUAUAGAUAUUUUUUCUCUCUUUACAAAAACAACAACCUGAAAGCAUGUACGAGCUCAAGACUUAAGGUUGUGAAAAUGUGUACAGUAUGUUGUUAGUCUUACCUGAUUGUAGGACACAUGACACCUUGUAAUUUCAUUUUUUAUACUUUAAACCUUUAACUUCAUAACUAUUAUGAAAACAUUAAAGAACCCCUGAUUUGUUAACACAUUAUGUAGUUUUAUGUGAAAUUAAGAUUUAAUCCUAAUGUGAAGAUAAAUAUAUUUUAAACCCACA